UACUGGCCAGAGUUAUGUUAUGACCAUAUUCCAUUUGGUCCGGUGAGCGUUGUUUGUCCUCUCCCGAACCCUAAAAUCCGAACACCGAUCGAUCGUUGAAAUGGAAGUGUCAUGGUUGAGUGCCAUUUUGGUCGGCGCUGGUUAUCUUGCUUUCGGUUACUUCAUCGGUUCUCGUUAUCCCCCUCGUUUCCUUAGAUUUUCAUUCUCUAAAUACAAAGAUUCAUCACUUCUCAAUGAUAAUAACAACAACAACAACAGUAGUAGUAAGCAGAAGAAGAGUACUAAGUCCAAACUUAAAGAACCACUCGAGGUUGAAAAGCUCGCUGACAUUCUCGAUGAUUUUAAGAUGAUACUUGUUGUUAGAAAUGAUCUUAAAAUGGGUAAAGGAAAGAUUGCUGCUCAAUGCAGUCAUGCAACAUUGGGUCUCUACAAAAAGGUUCUUUAUCGAGCUCCAAAGGCUUUGAAUAGGUGGGAGAUGUCUGCUCAGCCUAAGGUUGUUGUCAAAAUUGAAAGUGAAGAAGAUAUGCUGGCUUUGCAAGAAAGGGCUAAAUCUCUCAAGUUACCCACUCAUAUCACUAUUGAUGCUGGGAGAACACAGAUUGCACCAAAUUCCAGAACAGUGAUGGCAAUCCUUGGACCUGUUGAAGUGGUAGAUGAGGUAACAGGUGGACUGAAACUUCUAUAGUUUUCUUUUGUCCAGUGAAGUUGGUGGUCUAUUAUUUAUCAUGAAGUUGGGGUGUUCAUGAAAGAUAACACAUUGAACGUUAUCAACAUUUUACUUCAUUAGAGCCCUGGGAAGAUUUUGCAUGCUCUUUGCCCACACAAAAAGUGUAGUUAAUCUUUAGUUGACAGUAAUGAUGAUGAUGAAAACUUUUUGUUGGAGAUCCUCACCCAUAAAAAUUGGAAUCAUGAGACUAAUAGUAAAUAUAGAACGGUGUAAUUCAUUUUAUAUGAAGUGUUUUUUGUGUCUAAAAUUUAUUAUGUUCUUAGUGAUACCAUGAUUGGUUAAGGAAGGUAUAUGACUUUUUUUUU